AUGUACCCUGAUCUUGCUUGUUCGCCCAGUCGUCAUUGUCAACCGAACAAUAAACUGCUGAAGUUUCUAUCGUUGGACUAUCCGCAGCAAACCACAUACGAUGAGCAUCGUCGUUCAAGCCGCUCUGCGCGUGAAUCUGUGACUGAUUUGGAUUUAUCUGUAGCGCCCCCGGUUGCUACCAAUGUAGUUGCGGAUACUGUAGCUGGGAAUGAUGAAGAAGAUAGCAGUGAUGAGCUGCACACUAACAGCGCACAUCUAAGGGGUACGGCCGAAGUAGAUUACGAUGAUGAAGACGCCCUACUGGUUAGUGAAUUACCCGAAGAACAUUUUCGGUUCACAGACGAUUCGGGUGAUCGGGGUUCCGGUGAUUACGAUAUCGGACAUUUCAUGCCAUCGGCACUAGGUGAAGCCAAUUUGAGCUGUAAUGCUUUGCCAUCAUUUGCUCGACAUCGGCCUUCACCACCACCUCCCCUUUCCCGUGGUCAAAUACCCUUCUCUUGUGGUGUUAUGAUGCAUCCAAUGGGAGUGGAAGAGCGAGGUAAUUCACCCAGCUUCAUGAAUUUCGGCCCAACAUCUGAUCCGAAUAAAAGUUGUUCUCAGCAUUGUUUGGACGUAUAUGGCGACCGUUCUGCAAUGUUUCUGCCCCACUCGUGGUUUCUUGAUUCAGCGACGAACUUUGGUUCGGUUUACGUUCAUGAUGCCAAUAGGAUGCAUGGUUCGUCCGCACAACAACCAGUAUCUUCGGGGCGUCGGAACAAACCCACUUGCCAGUCCACUUCCCCUAUCAUCUACCGUGCUUCCCUCACACUCACCUACGAAUUGGCCUGUGCUCAAUCCAUAUCUUCAUCCCAACUUGAACGAUCCGGACGAACUUGCUUCAUCCGUCGGAACCAUCCAUUCCGUCACAGUGGCUANACCAGUCAUUCAACCGCACACACAGAUGAUCCAGCUGCAAGUGCACGUCAAAGGCUCAUGGAUGCUUCCGCUGCAGCUGCAGCCUUGGCUGCACCCGCCUACGCAAAUCAGGGUUCUAAUGAUAAUUUCUUCCUCUACCGUACCCCGGCCGGUAUGGAACAUCCGGCAAUCGUAUCCUCAUCAGCAGGUUCACGUCAUGUAGUUCUCCGAUCCGGACUCGCUGGCGUACCCUAUGGUGGCGGGGCUACCACUGCUUCGUUGCUGCAUUCGAGCGCACGCCCAUUCGAACCCACAGUCAUACUACAGAGUCGUGAUCCGUCCACAAUACCCUUGAGAAAAAUGUCGGUCAAUCUGAUUCUGACGUACAAACAUAUAAAUGAGGUGUAUUACCGAAAGAAACGACGGCUCCGGGAACAGCAACAACAGCUUCAACGAAAAUCUUCAGCUCCCGAGGCACAAAAUCUUUAUCCACAACAACCUGGAGUUUCAUCAACCACCAGCCAGAGUCGCACAGUUGAGGAUGGAGUCGUCUCGACAGAUGCUCACCUGUCCCUCGAACAAAGAACCACUAGAGACGGACUGCAGUUGUAUGCCGAUUCUCUCGACAACAAGUGCAACGUCUCUGUUCUGGAUGAAACGACCGUACCGAAUUCAGUCGUCGUAGCGGGUUAUCGCACUGGUUCGUUUGGUGACCGGGCCCCAGUCACGUUCCCCGUUUGUACCACCGGAUCCCCCUUGUCCCGACAACCGUCUCUGUCCGAACCGAGUGAUGAACAGACAGCCACACAGAACGCCAUUUACUCUGCUGCUGUGGUCAAUGGAAUUGUGGAUAGAAUCUCAUCGAUUGGUAAGUGUUUGUCCUAUUCUUGA